GAGAUUUUUUGGUGUGUUCCGGAAACGGCAGGUAAAAAACUCUUCCUGCCACACCUGAAUUGGGUCGAUAGAUAAGAGGAGAGAGCAGCAGCAGUAAGAUCCAUCGAAGUGGCCUGGAAGCGAUGGCUCUCCUCCUCAACUCAUCCUUGAUUCCCGUGAAGUGGGAGAAGAAGUUCAUUUCCAACCCUCUCAUCCCAUCUUCUUCCUCUUCUGAUAACAACAAGAGCAAGCGGAAGUCUGCAGUCGCUGUCAAGCGAAUCCAAGCCUGCCUUAACCCAUUCGAGGAUCCCAUCCUCAAAGAUGCCCUCAAGGAACCGGUGGCCUUCAUGGGCGGGGUGUUUGCUGGCUUUCUGAGGCUCGAUCUGAACGAGGACCCGCUCAGGGACUGGAUCUCGAAGACGGUCGAAGCUUCCGGAAUCGCCGCCGACGGUGAGAUCGAUGCGGAAGGGGCCGAGGUGGAAGCCGAGGAUGAUGCUCCUCGGCAGAUCGAGAUCGAAUAAGGUCUCCUGUUUCUUGAUUCCAUGUUCUUAAUGGAGUAUUGGUUAUAUUAUUACCUUUCCGUGAA